AUGUGUUCAACUAUCCCCUUUGCAAUCGAAGCUGCUGGCUGUGAUGGUGUGGUUUUGAAUCUGGCGCUGUUCGUUUGUGUCCAAUCAGAUAACAGUGGACGCGCUCUGAACAUGUCGAACGGCCUCAACGCAACAGCGACGGUGACAGAGGACGACGAGGUGGAUGGGCCAAUGAACAAACAGGUGAGUGCCACGUUUUGA